UUUUAUCGUUUUGGAGUGCAUUUCGGAGCUAAAAAUCUAGACAAUGUGGUUUGAAAUAUUGCCUUCUGGUCUUAUUGUUGGCAUGUGCAUUGCCAUACCUCAAUUUGCAGCCCCUUACCUGAAUAAAGCAAUUUUUGGAAACCCCUACAGGAGAAAUCUUACUGAAUUCUGGGAUAGGCACCAGUUCACCAGAGACUGCAGAGUAAGUGGAGCUCCCUGGAUUCUAAAGGGCAUCGAAGCAAUUCCAGAUGGCGAAUAAGGCGUGAAUACCUAGCGAUAGAAUUUAAAUGUGAAUAAAAUAAAUGUAGAAUAAAGAAGUCUAUUUGCAAUGUA